GUUCAAUUCGAGCUGUAACUCGUACAACUACAGAUCAAAUGGAACACCGCUUAACUGUACCAUGUAAUCGUCGUCAAGGCAAUGGAAGCCAUUUUAAUGGUUUAGGAAAGAAGAAGUUUAAUAAACGAUCGCCUCAUCAAUUAGCUGCCUAUAAUACGUCAGAUAGAAAAGCAGCUGUCACUGUUGGUGUGAUAAUGGGAGUCUUUUUGGUAUGCUGGAUGCCAUUUUUCUGUGUCAAUAUUGUUGCUGCAUUCUGUAAAACUUGCAUCGGUGAGACGACGUUUAAAAUUUUAUCGUGGCUUGGUUAUUCCAACUCAGCAUUUAAUCCAAUAAUUUAUUCAAUUUUUAAUACGGAAUUUCGUAAAGCAUUUAAAAGAAUUUUACUAAAACGACAGUGGCCAAGACUUGUAUGUUGUGGGAGUUUUCAAAAUGAUUAUAAUUUUAAUAGUUCGUACGAUAGUAAAUUUGUUACAAAUUAUGAUGCAAGGUUUUUGCACUCAACGACAGAUGUGGAGCAGCUUUCGGCCAUAUAAUUAAACCGAUUUGAACCCAAUACAAAUGGGUUCUUAGAAGAGCACGAGGAAGCAGCUGUAUGAAAAAUAUAUUAUAAAUAUUUAAAAUGAUGUAAGUUUGUGUACUUUAUGAUAGUUGUAUGAUAUGAUUGAUGUACA